UAUCACAAAUCAGAGUGUCGGCGUCUGCAGGAGCUUACAGGGCAAGAGUUCACCGGUCUGUCGCUAACUCGGGGAGUUUCUCUCAGUUUGGUGAUAGCUGACGAAGUUUAGAAGCAAAAAAACAAACACAUGCGAGAUCUACGAAGGAGUCGCUGUCCGCAAAAUAACUUCAUGGAUAUAAGUUUAGCCCGUGAAAUAGCCUACACCGGAUACAUUCAGCCCGGGGUGAAAGACGGUGGUUUUAUUGGCUUUACGGACAGCAACGACGAUGCCCAUUUAAAACGGGGGAAGUUUUCUGGGGGUGUUUGAGAGCGAGAGAGACAGAGAGAGAGAGAGAGAGAGAGAGAGGACAGAGACAUGAUGUCCAUUGGAGCUGAUAGCUGACACUGUAGAAUGAGAGAGGAUGGAACAGACUGACAACCCUGCCCUUGUGAGCAACAACCCUAAUGGGUUUGUCAACCGAGUGUUUAAUGUUUCUCUGGAUGUGGAGAAUGAGACCAGCAGUGUUUAUAUUCAGGAGGCUGGACCAGGGCCUGCAGAGGGGGAAGGAGAGACCCAGGCUGCCUCUUCUCAGACCCCUGUCAAAGACAGACAAGAGGUCAUCCGGAGGCCCCGUGCCACAGGGGGUAUCUGGAAGAUCUUGAACCGAAAGAGAGCUGUCUCAGAGCUGGAGCGCAGACCCCACUCCAUGAUCCUGCCCGGGGAGGCUUCCAUCCCUAAACUCUCGUUUGCUGACAAAGUUCGCUCCUUCAAGAAGCUUAAGCCCCCCUCUGUGUUUAGAGGUAAGACAGGUAAAUUGUCUACUGCCAAGUUUAGCAGCUCCUUGGUGGAUGAGGAAUCCUUCUGCCGGGACAUUGGCACUCCUCAGCAGUCCAGCAGAAGCACACUCAGACAACGUGGCAAGAGGCAUUCCUAUGCUGGCUACACAGUAGACUUUGACUGCUCAUUCGAAGACAUUGACCUCACAGCUCCUAUAGACGGCCAACCGCCCACUGUAACGGGAGAGCCUGUGGCUCAGAAUGGUUGUAAACCAUCAGAAAGAGUUUGCUAUACUAAAAGAAGCCACAACAACUCAACCAACUGUAACAAAACAGCUGCAGGCUGUGAAGAGCCUAGCAUUAAAGGUAGCCCGAGCACCCACCAGGCUAGGGGAAGGAGGCACAAAGAUGUGUGGAGUUACCUGAGGAGGAUUUCCCUUAUGGGGAAGGCCAACCCUGUCUACUCAGAAAGGAGCUUUGACUCAGAGCUUCCCUCUUGGGACAAGACCAUGGACUCAGACUAUGGUUCUGUAGACUUUGAGAGUGUCAGAGACUUUCAACCACCGCCCCCGAAACACUCUGACCCAAAGGGGCACUUUGGUGGUCUGUUCAAGUUUUUCAACAGUGUAGCAGAGACAGCCAGGAAAUGGCGGACAACAUCGCACUCCUUCUCUCCUCCGGAGGGAGAGAGGACACCGAUGAGCUCCCCACGGGUGCCCAAGCCCACAGUGGACAACAUUCACAGUGUGUCUCUGACACUUCACAGUGAAGAACACCAACAAUCCCAGCCUAUUCCAUCAUCACCAGUAACCGCUAAAUCCUCACACUCCAGUAGCUUUGACAGCGAGGCUCCAGCACCUAUGACAGGUGGACGAUCCCCUCAGGUGGUCCUGAAAGCCUUUAGGGCAUGCCCAGGAUCUCAAGCUGUCAAUGGCCUUCAGAGUUAUGAGGGCACAGACAAACAUGUAGACAGAGAGACAAACCACAGGUCCACAGCCAUAGUGGAGAAUCACAUCUCCCAGUCAGGGCCAACCACGGGGACUAAAAAAGAAGCAGAGUUUGAAAGGGAUCCAUUAAACUGUCUCAGUCAAGAGGAAAAGGUAGAGGGACAGACAGGAAAUGAGCAGGAUUCCAGGGAUGCUCCACCUGAUUCCCACCACAUACAGGAAGUGAAUGUCCAAUCACAACAAGGUGAUAAAGAGAGCACAACCAAUAGGGUACCAGCAUCAGAUUCCACAGAGGAAAUAUUUAAGCUGUGUGAGCAGAUUGCCAGCCAGACAGGCUGCGGUGUAAGACAGCUGUGCCCAGCCAUGCCCCACUCAAGCACAGAGAAGACCUCUGUACCUCACAAGCCCCUGCGCCGCCCUCGUCCUCGCCCGGCCUCAGCUGUAUUGGACCUGCGGAGGCCCAACCUAGACCGAGAUCUCUACGACCACUAUAGUGAGGUUGGCUCACUAUGCCGGCGGAGACGCAGGCCUGCGCCCACCAUGCAACACUCUCCAGGGCAAAGACGGAUGGCUGCUCGCUCCAGGCCUUGCUCUGUUAUAGAGACCAGUGUUACUAGGGAGAUGCAGUCCACGGAGCUGCACCACAGAGCCUUGUCUCGCCCCCCGGGUGUGUCACCGUUAGAGCCCCCGCUAAGGGCAUCUCUCCAGCGAUGUCGCUCCCUGCCGCUCCCCCCCAGCACUCUCACUGCCUUGGCGCUGCUCCUGCCUCAGUCAGUCAUGGGUCAGUCGUCAUCGUCGGUGCGUCUGCGGUCUGGAGGCGCCGGUAGCUGCAGGAGGAGGAGACUGUUAAGACCUGGUUCAGAACCGCUGCAGGUCAACAUUUUGAUAAGUGGAGGUUCAAUCGUCAACGCUGAGGCGGUAUGGGACCAUGUGACCAUGGCGGACCGGGAGUUGGCGUUUAAGGCCGGUGACGUCAUCAAGGUGCUGGACGCCUCCAACAAGGACUGGUGGUGGGGCCAGAUUGAUGAGGAGGAAGGAUGGUUUCCUGCCAGCUUUGUACGGGUGGAACCCCACCCUCCUCAACCCCAAACAAAACAGGUUUUCUAUAUCAACCCCAUAGCAACUCCACGGUUCCAAAACACCACGUCAAAGCUGUGGGUGAACCAGGAGGAUGGGGGAGCGGAGCCAGCCGAGGGGACCAGCGAGGUGCAGAACGGGCACCUGGACCCGACCAAUGACUGCCUGUGUCUGGGCUCGCCCCUCCAAAACCGAGACCAGAUGAGAGCCAACGUCAUCAAUGAGAUCAUGAGCACAGAGAGACACUACAUCAAACACCUCAAGGACAUCUGUGAGGGCUACCUGCGCCAGUGCAGGAAGCGUGUGGACAUGUUCAACGAUGACCAACUGAAAGUCAUCUUUGGGAACAUCGAGGACAUCUACCGCUUCCAAAUGGGCUUUGUUAGAGACUUGGAGAAACAGUACAACACAGAGGACCCCCAUCUCUCUGAAAUCGGACCAUGCUUUCUAGAACAUCAAGAUGGUUUUUGGAUCUAUUCAGAAUACUGUAACAACCACUUGGAUGCCUGUAUGGAGCUGAGCAAACUGAUGAGGGAUGGCAGGUACCAGCACUUCUUUGAGGCCUGUCGCCUCCUCCAGCAAAUGAUUGACAUUGCCAUAGACGGCUUCCUGCUCACCCCUGUCCAGAAAAUCUGCAAAUAUCCACUCCAGUUGGCUGAGCUUCUCAAAUACACUGCACAGGAGCACAGUGAUUAUCGAUACGUGGCAGCAGCACUGGCAGUAAUGAGGAACGUCACUCAGCAGAUCAACGAGAGGAAGAGGAGACUGGAGAACAUCGACAAGAUCGCCCAAUGGCAAGCUUCUGUUCUGGACUGGGAGGGGGACGAUAUCUUGGACAGGAGCUCGGAGCUCAUCUACACUGGGGAGUUGUCAUGGAUCUAUCAGCCGUAUGGACGUAGCCAGCAGCGGGUCUUCUUCCUCUUUGAUCACCAGCUGGUCCUCUGUAAGAAGGAUCUGAUACGCCGGGACAUUUUGUACUAUAAGGGCCGCAUCGACAUGGAUCGCUACGACGUGCGGGACGCCAUAGACGGCCGUGACGACGACUUCAACGUCAGCGUGAAGAACGCCUUCAAAUUGUGCAACAAAGACAGCGAGGAGCUCCACAUCUUUCUGGCCAAGAAGCCAGAGGAGAAGAUCCGCUGGCUCAGGGCCUUCCACGAGGAGAGGAAGAUGGUGCAGGAGGAUGAGAAAAUCGGUUUUGAGAUCUCUGAGUACCAGAAGCGACAGGCAGCCAUGACAGUGAGAAAGGUGACCAAACAGAAAGAUUCAUUUAUAGAUUUCAUCUUGAGAAAGAGGGCCAUGUUGUAUGGACAUGGUUUGAGAAUGAUAAAGGUGUAAACAGGUGCACGCCCCCCUCAUACCCGCCCCCCCAGGACCCCCUCAGUGCGGGGCAGUAUGAGGUAACGGAGGACAUGGCACAAGGAGAGGUUUUUGAAUUCAGUCAAUCCAAAAGAGGCCAGGCUCCUUUCUGGCAAAAUUUUAGUAGAUUAGCUCCAUUUAAGAAAUAGAGAUACACAGACUCUUCUGAAGGACCAGCUAUUUUUCUUAGAAGCACUAAACACUGGAUGAUCAUGUCCCAUGAUGAAGAAAAAUACGAAAAACAAACGCAAACACACACACACACACACACACACACAAGAGACUUUUGAAAAUUAAGGACCAUUGUUAAUAUAGAGGUUGAUUGGAAGCAGCAAGAGGACUGAAGACUUGGAUUUAAAACAUUGAGGACAAAUUACAACUUUACAAUUCAUAUAUGUCAGUAACGUUCUUAGUUAUCAUGCUUCUCCAGCCGAGUCAACGGUCAUGAACUCUUUCCCUCGGAUUCUGCAUCUUCACGCCACCUGAAUGUUCUGCAGUUCUUUAGAUUGUUAUAUUAAUUCAUUUUGAAUCCAUCAUCUGGAGAGAAACACAUGGCUAAACCAGAGCAUUCCUAGUCGUAUGAUUGUGCCCAACAAAGCUGAGAUCUUGCUGUGCUGCUAUGUGAGAUUGCUUGUUGCAUUCUUCUGAAUGUGAGAUUGAAUAAUUACAGACCUCAGCUACUGGCUGUGGCGUCUGAAGGGCCUGUGAAGCUCAAGUGUCGGCAUGGUCUCCGAGUUCGAUCCAUUUCUGACCCAGCCGGGCCAUCUCUAGCGCUACUGAUGUCUGCGUCUGGAUCUCCUCCUCACUCUCAACGCUCCGUGUUGCUCUUGCUAGCUGUUCGCAUUACAGUAGCCCUCUCUUCUUCACUGAGUCUGACGCUCACAGGGUUUCCCUCACUCGCUGCAUCCCUCUCGUGUCCUCUCUAUCUCUCUACCCACCUGCUCAGCCUCGGUGAGUCAGUGGCUCUCAGAGGAAGAGCUUCAUUCUUUUGGAAAGCUGCCAUUGGCCAUGAUAUGACGGGUCAGGGAACAAAUCAAUAGUCGGAACAUCAAUAGAAUAUUUACAUCCUUUCACCAACCACUUUUGACAGGGUAUUCAUAACCGAUCACACCGAGGGGCUGUGGGGUUUACGUUUGGCGAGAGAGAGCUUGCCGCUCAGAUGAAACAGCUGGGAGCAGGAGAUAGGUAGGCUACGGUCCACCUGCCUUGUGUCAGAGCCCCUCCCCCACUCUCCCCAGAGACCACCCCUGUAGCACUGUGCUGGCAGCUCACUGGGCGUUUGGAAAGAGAACAGCCUACCUCCAAGGAAAUCCACUGAGAGUUAAAAGUGGAGUUGAAGCGGUCUAAAAUAAGAUCUUUUUUUCACGUCAGCUGUCAGAAGAAAGACUCCUUCAGUUGGCUUAAGUAUUUUGUAUUGCUCACAUUGUGUAAAAAAAAAAAAAAAAAAAAGAAAGAAAAAAAGCACAGCACAUAUUCAGUCUAAGGAGUACUUUCAUUUAGGUAGGAGUGACGCAAACGUUGCCACAGUGUGAGAAAUUAGAACGAACCCUUAACCAGCAGAAGAAGAAAUGGUCGCAAAAAAAUGGCAGAAAUUCUAAACGGACAGGACAACCAUAGCAGUCAGUUGUGAGUCUGAAAGAACGUACACUGCAGAAGUGUGAGCCGACACCACAGAGAGGCAGAGAGGUGAAUUGAAUCUGUAGCGUGCAGGUGUCCUCUAAUGCGUCUCUAAAGACUGCAGCUUCAAAUCACUGCGCUCCUCUCCGUUGUUUUUCCAGAUCUGAUCCGUGUUCUGGCAGUUAGCUCGGCACUGUUAAGUGAUUUACAGAGAGCCGGUGCCUGAUCAGAUUGAUUUGUUUAAUCAACAAUGUCCCCGAAGCUGCUGUGGGCGAUCCUGCCACAUGAUACUACAACAGAGGUGUUAGGAAAGAUAAGAUCCACCGAGGAAAAAACUACAGAUUUACACACAUUAUGAAGGUAUAUUCUUUUCUACAGUUGGAAUGUAAGUGACACAUGAGUCCUACAUGGUCCUUUUCUGUAUGCUUUGUGACCUCAGAUACAAAGUACAUUUUGUGUUGAAUUAUAUCACCUGAUGGACAGUACAUAUACAGUAUGACAACUUGUGCAAUGUGAUAAAUCAUUAUAUAUCUUCACUAUUCACUACGACGUGAUAUGAAAGAUUUAUAUAUCGUUCUAUGUCAUUUGUUUGCCUUCUUAUAGGCCUUAUAACCUGUUGGGGAGAGAAAAAAAGACCUUAGAAUUGCUUUGUAUGUUGUGUAAUUUAUGUUUUGUUUCAGUAAAGAAAGUUGAGAAAUGGGUGAGUUGGCUGCUGGUGUCUGUAGAGAUGGCUCCCAGUGAGAUUGUUUUGGAAGAUAAUUCCCUGGUCUGGCACUGCAAAAAGAUAUGGUUCCCAGGCCAUGAUAACCUCAGGUCCCGUGCUACGCCCCCCCACCCCUCGCCCCAUUCCUCUACUCUACGCCACCACCAACAUACAGACAUAAGCAUGCAGGCAAACACCCCACACCACACACACACACACACACACACACACACACACGCAUAAUCACGCGCACUUGCUGGCCCGUUCUGCUGCGGAGAAGAGAGAUGCUAUCUAACAGUGCCUUCCAGCAUUCCACUAGUGAUUAUCUAUUCAGUUUCACAGGCAGAUUUGAAUUAGUCAUGUAUUUUCCCUUCAGUGUGGGACUUGCAUCUCUCUCUCUUUCUUUCUCUCUCUCUCGUUCUCUCAAACACACUGGGAAUUCCUCGUUCCCCAGUGUAUGAGAUCCACUUGGACACAAACUUAGAGGCCAGGCCUUUUCCAUUUGAGUAGAUACUGUGCUGUCUGACUGAAACACACCUUAUUAUAUUAUAUCACACGUACAUAGUCGUAAUUUUAUUGCACAAAAGGAAGUUAAUUUUAAUUUCAGACAUUUAGAAACUGCAUAUAAUUCCUUUAUUAUCUAUUUAACAUGCUGAAAGGUGGUUUCAUUUGAAUUUAUAGUAGGAAACAGAUUUUCAUUAGUCAAGUUAUAGGUUUCACUUUUCAAAGUAUAUUAUUAACAGUGAGUUAUGAAUCAAAAGAAGAAUCAUCUAUUUUAUCUUUAUCAGCUACACUGUAAAUAAUGUAAAAAGAACAGAUCAUAUAUUUGGAUAUUGGUAUUUUGCGUUGGAGACGAAUGUUGUUCCAGUUCUAGCGUGCGGUAGACCUCAGUACCAGGUAAAUGCAUGCUCGUGACAUCCAAUAUUUUGCAUGAGACUUUAGACAACUCUUAACAGAUUGUUUAGUUUCAUUUUAAUUCCAAUGGGAUUUUUUUCACACCGCGGAACCAUUCAUUUGUGAACCCAUGCCAUCUCACUACCGGGAGGUCUUUUCUCUGUCCACCUGUCUCCUGCUCACGACAUAUUACAGCUUGUAGCUUCUGUUUUUAUUUAUUAAGUAGAGGGGAACAUCUUUCAUCUUGCUGAAUCAAAGACUGAACUGUUGAUAGGUGAAAUAAAAGGCACUAAUGCUCUCUUCGCCCAGAUAUAUUGGGUACUAUAAACUAUAAACUGACUCUAAAUCUUUAUUACUUUUUUUCUUUUCUUUUGACUCCAACCUGCACUGUCACGAUCCAAACUGCUGGGUUUUUUUUUGGAAUGCCAUCAACCGCUGAGGCAAAACGGGUAUCAUUUUCUAUGACAACAGUGAACCAAAUAGGAGUUAGCACUGAUCAUGGGUGUUUGUGUAUACAUUUGUAGUCAAGCAGAAGAGCUGAAUAAAUGCGAAACCUCUCGGGAUGAGCUAAAAAUAAACAAUCCUGAAGAUGCACACACACACACACACACACACACACACACACACACACACACACACACACACACACACACACACACAUACACACACACACACACAGUACUUCAUUGCUAUUCAUUUAGUGCUCUUGUUUCUGAUUAAGACAUGAUUCUUUGAAGUACAAUGACAGUACAAAUUAAUUCCUCACUUGUAUUUAUUGAAUGCAGUAUUAAAUAGUACCAUUUUGGCCACAUUGUUAAAAAGGAUGUAUAUAUUGGUUUUAUUUUUCUGAUAUAAUUAUAAUUCUGCCCUUGUACUGAGAGCUGAGAGGACAGCCUUCUGUGUGGAAGAUUUUGUUUCUUCCAUUUCCGGUCAUAAAACCAAGACAGCCAAUUUAGCAGACUGUCAGUUGGAUGCAUCAGAAUCAUGUAAUUCCUUUUAGUCCAGGGCGUACGUGAGUCGCUAACCGCGUUCACUCAGAUUUAGCAUAGCGACAUCUUCAGUAGGAACUCCUUGCAGUUGGUUAUGCAGUCCUGUGUUGUUUCAAAGUAGUCCGGGUACAACCGAGUCUUCAAUGAGCCAUAUAUUGAUGUGGUGUCCUAUGACAACAAGGGUGACAGAAGACUGACAUCCCACUUUUGGAAUCCAUUCAAAUAUCCAUUGUAUUAUACCAUCUAGUUUGAGGUCUGGAUUUUUGCCUAUCACAGAAAAUUUAACUCACAGUAUCCAUAUCCUUUGUCACCAUAUGCAAACAUUUGUCAUUUUCUUUCUUGCUGGCCUUUGAGUUUGAUUAUUUGUUGUAGAAAUGAAAAACCUGAAAAAUAAUGCCUAUUCAAUCCAGAAACUGUGAAUGGGAGAGUGGAGAUGUCAACUGUAUGUACAUUAUAUGUUUUGAUGUAAUCAGAAGCACUGGGAAUAUGUUGUACUUCGCUGUAAAAAUAAAUCCAUAUCUGAUAUAGCUGUACUUUUGUUGAAAAUAAAACCUCUACAGAA